AUGAUGUGUGGUCGGCGGCUGUAUGAAGCACCGCCUGGUCGGACUGUAGCCGCCCAGAUACUGGCUAGCCUUGUAUAUACCCCGCCAUCGCUUUCCCCUCCUACGGGCUUCCCUCCUUUCCAUCUUGACGACGUCCACCGUCCCCGGCCGCCACGAUGUCCGACAACUCGACCAACUCGACGGGUAGCGACAACGGCACCGUCACCCUUCCUGCGUCCCUCGACCUCCCGCCCCACCUGAGCGCGCAGAAGUACUUCUUCGUCUGCACGCUUACCGUCGCGGCAUGGGACGUCCUUGUCCUUACGCCCCGGACAUGGCGACUCAUGAAGAGUCGCGGCUGGCCGCUCCUCAAGCUCAUCUACUACUUCCUGCGGGUCUACGUGCCGAUUGAGUUCACCAUCGUCGGUAUUGCUUUCUUCGACACCAACUGGUCUCUCGAUCGCUGUUCCAAGUUCUACCUCUUUGAGCCGAUCUGCACCGCCAUUCUUCUUGCAAUCACCUCCUUCGUCCAUGUUUACCGUGUCCACGCUAUCUACGACAAAGACAGGUCCAUACUCUAUGGCAUGGGCGGUCUCUACGCCGUUCAGAUCGUCGUAACGGCCAUUUGCUGCGGCUUCUACCGGGUGACACCGCUCCGGGAGGGCCAAGGCUGCAUUGCUGAGCCGAAGCACAUAUGGGUUGGCAUCUACUGGCUGUCUGCGACGCUCCUCUACACCGCUUCGCUGGUUUUGGCUGUCAUGCGGUCAUACAGGUCAUACAAGGCAAAAUCCAACAACCUUUGGAAGCUCAUGCUCCGUGAUGGUCUCAACCUGUACAUGUCUGUUUGGCUGGUCAACAUGGUCAACAUGCUGUUCUGGUUCAUCAUCAAGCCAACGGGCCCCGAGGACCCCAUCCGCACCAUCGUCAGCAGCAUGGCUGCCGUCCUCACGGCAUCCAUGACCAUGCGCAUCAUCCUUGCGGUCCGUGGGCCGCUCACAAAUGGCGGUCGCUACGCGGGGUCGAAGCAGUCGCCGCGCGCUCGAAUGGCACCGUGCGCUCGCGCGGGCCCACCGGUCAGGGCACGAACCCGGUGCUGUCCGUCCAGCAGGUGCAGCCCGCGACGUACACCGUCCCGCUCGGCACGGAGGCCAAGAACACCGACUGGACGGGCGAGGACGGCAAGAGCAGCGUGAACGAGGGCGAGAAGGGCGGCAUCUACACCAUCGAGCCCCCCGUCGCCGAUGACGUCCACACGGACGACGCGGUCAGGAUCGCGAUCAGCACCGAGAUUCACGAGCAAUACCCGAGGGAGAAGUAGAGGUGUGUAUU